UGAUGGGCCAGAACCCAGCGAGAGCCACCAAAUCCUACUUCAAUGCACUUUAUUUUAUAUGUGGCCAUUUAGCUAUUCCUUUAGAAAAUGUAGCUUUCAAAUAUUUACAAUAACGGAAUUUUAAAAAGGUGUGUUAUUUUUCUAUAAAUAACAACGUUAACGUCUUUAAUUUUGACGGCACAAGUUCAAGCACAAGUUCCUUUCAAAAUAAAAUACACUGUCAAAAAGAUCCAAAUUCAAGCUUUCUAUAGUACGCAGUGUAAAAGUCAGUAACAUAAUUGCAAUCAGGAAACAACAUUUAGAUGUUUGUUUUCAUCACUCGAGAAGCUUAGUUCUCUACAGAUCCAAUUAGGGAAAAUUAAAAGGAUAUUUUACAUUUGUCUUACUAAUGACGCGUGAAGUCGUCCCAUGAGAAAGGGUGGAAAAUAUAUGUUUUACCGUUGGCAGCUCAGUCCGUGUGGCAUCUGCUCACCAAAUUUUAGAAGAAGCACCAACUAGAACGGCUGCUUCUAUCAGAGAGCGUUAAAUGGGCCACAUGUCAUUUUUUUUACACCCAUGAUUUUAAAUGUUCUCGACAGGAAGAGGAACAAAUCUCUCCUUCAGACAGAAGAAAAUUUGAUUGUUGCAGCUGAUUUUAACUAUGUCGUUUCUCCGGACGGUUUUUAACAGCUCUCUCAUCGUUCAUCCUCCAGGCUUCUACAUCAUUGGAUUUCAGUCUUUUCCAUCUGUGAACAUCUACUUUAUCUUUAUAGCGAUUGUUUAUUUAGUCACAGUACUGUUUAAUGGUUUACUGAUUAUUGUCAUUGUUAUUAAUCGAUCCUUACACACUCCUAAAUUUCUGGCUGUCAGCAACCUUGCAGUGAUUGAUAUAUGCCUCAACACUUGCACCAUUCCUGGUAUGAUCAAAAUAUUUUUGGUUCAGGACAAUUUUAUCCCAUUCAACUUGUGUUUGGUGCAGAUGUUUUUUUAUUAUGCUUUAGCGUCGCUAGAAUCCUAUGCGCUCACUAUUCUGGCCUACGACCGGCUGGUUGCCAUUUGCUUCCCUUUGCGCCACAACUCCAUCAACACAGUGCGAAGCAUGUGCUGCAUCAUCAGCAUCACCUGGUGUUUGGUUUUAGGAAGCAUCACCUAUUCGACAAGUAUAAUGACAAAUCUGUCAUUCUGCAACUCUGUCAGAGUGUUUAGCUAUUUCUGUGAUUAUGCGCCGGUGUUCAGGCUCGCCUGUAAUGACAACUCCAUGCAGUGGUCAGUGGGUUCUUUUCUCACCAUCUUGACUCUCGGAGUUCCUUUCAGUUUCAUAGUUCUGUCUUACGUCAGCAUCCUGGUGACUGUGUUCAGGAUGAAGACAUUAGACCGGCGCCUAAAAGCUUUGGCUACUUGUGUUGAACAUAUCAUUAUUGUUGCUAUCUUUUUCAUUCCUCUUCUUGUCAUUUUUACAAUCGGCUUCUAUUUGGGGGCGAUCCAUCCGGAUCAGAGAGUCCUGAGUCUGUCUAUGGCUUCUUGUCUUCCACCUUGCAUCAAUCCUAUUGUAUAUUCUUUGAAAACCAAAGAGAUUAAAACUCGAGCACUGGCAUUGAUUAGAAAAAAAUAAACCAAUUGGGUUAAAAACAAUUAAGUAAUCAAACAUUCUUGAUUGAAAUUGAAAUGUUUAUAUCUGAUCUACUUUGAUGUUUUGUUUUUUCUAAAGAUUAGUGACACAUUUGAAACUUUAACACCUUGUUCCUCAGUGUUUGAGUUGAAGUGGACAUCUUCAUGGGCUGACUGUACUUUUUUUUUUUUCCUUUUUUGUGAUUUUAGAUGUGCUUCAUAAUGUUUAUCACACUGCAUGCACUCUAAAUGAAUAAAAUGUGUGUUUGAAAGAGAAAAUGGGGAUUCUGUUCCAGUUUUAACUUAUCUUAGGCCAUCCAGUAAAAACAUUUACUCUUAUUGUGCAUUACAUCGAUCAUGGAGAAUCUUUGAAAAAGUGUUAAAGUAGCCAUUUGUGCAGGGUUAAGGAAAAUGUUUUAUUCUUCUUCUUUACUCAACAAACAAUCAAUUAAAGGACUAAAGUAGUAGGGUAUCUAACCAGUAAUGUUUUUUUUAAAUGUUGCAGUGACAUAUGAACCACUAGAUGGUGCUCAACAUCCAUGAAUGUUUUACAAGUGUUUUUAAAACUUGACUUUUUGACACAUAAAUUGGGUUAUAUAAUACAUUUGUAUCUAAUUCAAAGAUAAAAGAGCUUCCACAGGAAAAAUAAGAACUUGAUUUUCAUUUAGAAUUGUAACAAUAAAGUCAUAUUAUGUGGUAAAGAAUACUAUUUUUUUAUUUAUAAUUGAAAAGUUUCCCAGCUGUCUUUAUUUUAUUUUCAGUUGGAAACAUAUAUAUAAAAGAAUAUCAUCCCCCUAAUUUAUUGUCUUUUAUUGCCUGUCAGGAAUAAAAUAAAAGUGAGAAAAGGAAGAGAGGACUGGUGACCGGAUUUAUUACUUGUGACUUAUUUGUCAAUAAACAGAUGCAACAACAAAGAAGAUUUUGGAUAAAAGGUCAGGUAGGCGAUUCCAUCAUCCCC